GACCGGAUGAGGCGCUAUAACUUCCGUUUGGACGUUCCAAGAUGGCGGCCCCCAGGGCUUUUUUUUUUUUUUUCCUUCGAUCCGGGAACGAGCGUCGCCACGCGACUCGGUUUCUUCUGAAUGGCGCUUCCCGUGAACCCGAGGCUGGGACCCCAGCUUGUGAAAUUGGCUCGGAGUUUCCAUUGCAGUAGCUUGAAGUAUGCCGGAAGUGCAUGGAGAAUGAAGCACGGUCUCCCUGCAAACCCAUCCGAUUACGGGCUGACUACCAAUUUACCGGAUUGGUCUUUUGCGGAUGGCAGACCUGCUCCUCCCAUGAUAGGCCAACUCCGACGACAGGAAAAGAACCGGGAGAUAGUGAGACGCAUAGCCCAGCUCUCUUCGGAACUGGACCACGGGAUGAAAAAGUGGGAAGCGAAAAUGAAAAAGCAGGAAGACAAUCAAGAAGAGAAGCGACGCAAUAGACUUCACCCCAAAGGAGCCUCACUCCAGCAGCUUCCGAAAUAAUUGCUCUUUACUCCCUCUGCAAUCUUGAGUUUCAAAAAAAAAAUUUUCAAUAAAUCUAUGUUUAAUAAAUCCAUC